AAAAAUCAAAAACCCUAAACCCCCCCUCUCUCUCUCGUUCGGCCUUCUCUCUCUCGCCGUCAGCGCCGACUCCCCACGGCAGCUCUCCUCACCAGCGACACCCUCUCCUCCUCGGCGGUUCUCUUCUUCCCCUCACUAUGGCCGAAAACAGCGAGAUCACUUCCCAAAAUACCUCCUCCAAACCUCCUCACCUUGCUUUCACAACAAUCUCAAACGUGAAACUUCACGUCCCCGUUCAACUCAGUCUCUCCCAACCUAAUUACAAAAAGUGGAGCCGACUCUUCCUCCUUCUGGUUCGGCGAUUCAACCUCAAGGGCUACAUCGAUGGCUCCGUCGUCCCCCUCUCCGAUGACGACGACGAAUGGUUCCAACUUGACGCUCUCCUCCAGGGUUGGAUCCUCUCCACCAUCACCGAUGAGGUCUCAGAUCUGGUCAUCUCCUCUGUCUCCACUGCCUCUGCUCUCUGGAAAGUCAUCCACGACUUGUUCCACGACAACAAACAUGCUCGAGCUAUGCAAUUGGAACAUGAAUUUCGCACAACAGUCAAGGGCAACUCCACUAUGGCAGCCUAUUGCCAACAACUGCAGAAUCUUGCUGACUGGCUGGAUGAUGUUGAUGCACCAGUCUCCCAACACCAACUCGUCCUUCAAAUGCUUCGUGGGCUUCUUCAGAGUCUCAUUCAGAAACUCAAGGCUGAGUUUGCCAUGACAGACAUGGGUGAUCUACAUUUCUUCCUCGGCAUUAAUGUUCAUCGCACUACUCAGGGCCUUUUCCUCCAUCAGACACAGUUCACUCAUGAGAUCCUUGAGAGGGCAGGGAUGGUCUCCUGCCGCCCCAUAUCCACUCCAGUCGACACCAAGGCAAAGCUUUCUUCCUCUUCCGGCAUGGCACUUCCAGAUCCUUCUCUUUACAGAGUUAUAGCCAGACAGAUAGCACUAACCGCCUUCUUCUGCAUCGAUGCCCAUUUAGCAUCAUUUAUUAUUGCGGGGUUCUUCUCCUCCAAAGCACUAAACUUUGUUGAACGAGCAAAUCUUCAAUAGUACUCUUCCAUACCAUAAGAUUAAUUUUCUCAUCAAACAAAGGAAUUUGAAUUUUUUGUGAACCAUCCAUCCUUUUUUGACACAAUACCUCACUCACUCGCAAAGCUAAUUUUCCUUCCCAAACAACUAGCUAAACUUCGAUCCAGUUGUUGCGGAAAAUUACCCUCUCAAACAAUAACACAACACUCAAAAU